AUCCGUAAUCUAAUCCUGUAUGGGUGGAAUUGUGCGCAGUGCGGCUCUCGCUUGUGCAAAAUCAGCUGAUGUUAUUCGUCUGUUUCUUACGUUACUACGGAAAACGUCCUUUCCGUCAACACUAAGCGUCGUCCGAAACCUAUGAGAAUACAUUUAAAGACAGAAUGUGGGAAUUGGAGGACUUUACUGAGAUUCGCCGAUGGUAUGCACUCCACCUACUGUUGUGCGUCACAUUCUUCAUCUCAGGCUUGAUAAUCAAUGCCAUUCAGUUCCUUCUUUAUGUCACACUAAGACCCUUCAACAAGAGUCUUUAUUGCAGUAUAAACUACUAUCUCAUGUAUUCUACAAUGUCACAAAUUCUGUUUCUGGCAGAAUGGUGGUCAGACACAGACCUCAAAGUGUAUGCUUCAGAUGAAAGCUAUAAAUACAAGGGUAAAGAACAUGCCUUGCUUAUAAUGAAUCACACAUAUGAGGUGGAUUGGUUAAUGGGUUGGAUUGUUGCUGAUCGAUCACAAAUGCUUGGGAGUGCCAAAGUAUUUGUGAAAAACAUGAUGAGAUAUGUCCCCACAAUUGGCUGGUCAUGGAGGUUCUCCGACAUCAUCUUCCUCAAGCGUAACUGGCAAGAGGAUAGAACUGUAAUGUCAUCCCAAGUUCAAGAGUUUUUUGACUACCCAUAUCCUGUGUGGAUGCUUUUGUUUGCCGAGGGUACCAGAUUCACCCCAGCCAAGCAUGCGGCAAGUAUGGAAUUUGCCCGCAAGAAAGGCUUGCCCGAAUUGAAGCGACAUUUGAUUCCUCGUACCCGUGGCUUCAUCCAGUGUGUCCAGUCCCUUAAGGGCCACUUUCCAGUCAUUUAUGAUGUCACAGUUGGCUUUAAUACCAAAGAUGGAGAAGAACCAACAUUGCAGAACAUGCUACGGGGUAGGAAGGUCAAAAGUGAAAUGUAUGUGAGACGUUUGCCUCUGGAUGAAAUUCCCGAUGAUGAUGAAGGAGCUAUCAGUUAUCUUCAUGAGCUUUAUAGGUCCAAGGAUAAAUUACUAGACAGCUACAUCAAUACAGGGAGCUUUACCAAAGAAAAUGAUUUACCAGAAUACCCAUGUCAGAAGAUGCCAAGAAGAUGGUAUUCUCUCCUCAAUGUUAUAGGAUGGGCUGGUUUUGUCUUAUCACAAAUCCUUCGAUUUUAUUAUAAUCUUCUCACAAGUGGCUCAUUGAUAUCCAUAUCAUUAGCAGUUGGCAUUGCUCUUAUUGCAUAUAUUGGACUAUAUAAGAUGAUUGGCUUGACAAAAAUUGACAAGGGCUCACAGUAUGGAAGUACAGAUAACGACAAGAAAAAAGAUUAAUGUCUUCAUAUGUCUUUGUUUAGGCAGUAAUUCCCAUAGGGGAUUUUUUUUAUUACAUUGUUGAAAUCUGUCAAAACUUUACGAAGCUGAUUUGAAUAGUACAUGACUGUAUAAAAGAGAACUUUACAGUGAUUAGAAUUCUAAUUGCAAUAUCAUUGUUAGAAAAACUGUAGCACCUCAUGCACUUAAUUCUCUUGCUCAGAAAUUGAUUGUCAAAUGUUUAAUAAGAACAAACAACUGGUUUACCAAACUGCCAUUAGUUACGUACAGAAGAUUGUUUAUUACUGUAUAGGUUUGAGUGCUAAUAAAGCAUAUUCACCAAGUGAGGGGUUAUUGAGUAGACGUACAUAACUUUUUUUUUGUUAGCCUUUAUUAUGUAUAUAACUUCAUUUCUAUGUGAGGCAAUUGUUAGAAUUAUUUUUAGUUAGCAAGUUUCAGUUAAUUUGGUUAUAACAUUCAAAUGUUAAUUCCAGAAGGAAAUUGAUUUGAAUUUACAUUUUUAGCAAACUACAACAUCGAGUUUCAUCCAUUAUGUAAAUACUUGAUACUAAGAGUCGGUGAUACUUUUGCUGGUUUUAUUUAUGGAUAUUGCUAAGGUAAUUAGCAAUCUUUUUUUUUUUUCUUAGAAAAAUAUUCCAUUAUACUUGUCAUAGUUUUAUUUAUAUUACUUUCCUUAAGGGCAGAAUGCAGUGGUUAUUUAUUUUUCUGUGGUUCUAAGUCUUGAUGGGUAGCUGUCAGUUUUUAAAUGGUGGAGCAAAUUUAUUUUUAAGCUUCUUAGGUCUUACUAAAAAAAAUUAUAUGCACUGCAACAGUAACUCAGGGGAUGCAAGUGAUUGCAUCAUUUCUUUAAUAAAAAGAGAUACCCUACUAUUAGCAGGUUGAUCUUACUUUGCAUUCUGCAACAAA